GAUCAAGUCGACCUGACAAGAGACCCGCGUCUAGUAUCGUAGCAACCCGAAAAAAUACAAAGCUCAGGCAGCUGGGGCGUCAAAUGUAAAGAAGGGAGGUCGCCGUAGAUGUAGAUGUAAAAUGUUAAUUUAAGAUAGCAAUAGAGAUAAUCUUUAGAUUUUAAAAGGUCAAUUAACUUCGUUGUCGCGUUUAGAUAAAAACAGAAGGAUAUAUGAGUAAAACAUCUUAUUUUCACUUAGUUCUAAACUUGUAAGGGGGUAGGCGCGUGGGGGUUUGCGGUAGGCGAUCGAGCGCGGUUUUAGGAAAGCUGUACCAUCCGGAACCUUUUUCUCUUUUGAAGUUGCUUCUACACGGAACUUAUUUAGCUAAGGAAAAUCCCAACUCACAUCAAAACACACCACAAGGUAGCUGUGUAGUCUGAUGCGGCUUGGGUUGAUGGUAAAUAGCUAGGAAUAUGUUCAAGAACACUUUUCAGAGUGGGUUCUUAUCCAUUCUGUACAGCAUUGGGAGCAAACCGUUGCAAAUAUGGGACAAGAAGGUGAGGAAUGGUCACAUUAAGAGAAUAACAGACAAUGACAUCCAGUCUCUGGUGCUUGAAGUUGAAGGAACCAACGUUAGCACAACCUACAUAACAUGUCCAGCGGAUCCCAAAAAGACUCUAGGCAUCAAACUUCCCUUCUUGGUUAUGAUCAUCAAAAACCUGAAGAAAUACUUCACCUUUGAAGUUCAGGUGUUGGAUGAUAAAAAUGUAAGGCGGCGGUUUAGGGCCAGCAACUACCAGAGCACGACGCGCGUGAAACCGUUCAUCUGCACCAUGCCCAUGCGGCUGGACGACGGCUGGAACCAGAUCCAGUUCAACCUGUCCGACUUCACCAGAAGGGCAUAUGGCACAAACUACAUCGAGACGCUUCGGGUGCAGAUUCAUGCCAACUGCCGCAUCAGAAGAGUCUACUUCUCUGACAGGCUCUACUCUGAGGACGAGCUCCCGGCCGAAUUCAAACUCUACUUACCCGUACAGAACAAAGCAAAGCAGUAACACCGCAGAUGUGUGCACCCCCCCUCCCAUUCCAGAUUUCCAGAUGACCUCUGUGCUUUUGCUUUUGUUCUACAGGAAAAAAAAAAUACAGCUGCAAUUUGUAGUGCUA